AUGGCGCUAUCACCGCCGCCGUUGCCCUCACGAUUUCCGUGUUGGUGCCGGGCCAUCUAUUCUUGGGGAGGCGAGUCCAAACGCGACCUGGGAUUUAUCGAGGGCGACUUGAUCGAAUGUCUGAAUGCGGGAGACGGUUCGUGGUGGGUGGGCAGGCUAUUUCGAGAUCGGAGGACUGUCGGGUCUUUCCCGUCCAAUUUCGUCGAGGUACUACCAGAAGACUUUCGGCCAACAAAAACACCGAGUCCUAUACCGCCGAAUAUAGCGUCAGGGCCCAAGGCGGUGCCGCAAAAAUCACGAACAUUUCGCAAACCGUUCGAGGCAUAUGCCAAAGCGCCACAUUAUACCACAGCAAAACAACCAGAAACAUUUCGAGAAACACCGACGUCGCGUCUCAAGGAAAAGCCGUCUAGGGUGUCAACCACAUCAUCACGAUCAAGGGGCAAUUCGGCCGCAGCCUCAAGUACUGCUCUUGUCCUUGCAAGGAGUGCUCAUGAGGAUAUCGCUCGCGCUCCUUCCCCCUCAAUCUCACCGGCAAAUGGAUAUGGAUCUAGAGCUCCUUCACCGGCUCCUUCCAUGGGUCACUCACCGACUCGUCCACCGAGCCGGUUGGAAAAUAUGACGAGGAGCGAUUCUCCACCGCCUCCGGCACCACCACCUCACAGGCAUGUUGGGCGGGCAGAUCCCGAUGAAGGGGCACAGGGCUAUCAGUCAUUAUCGAGGCACGGCUCCUCAGUGUCAUACAAUCCUUCCAACCUAUCACGGCAGGGCUCUACCGUUUCAUACAACCCCGCAGAGAUAACACGAACGGGAUCUACCGUUUCAUAUAAUCCAGCGGAUAUUACGCGAACGGGGUCUACCGUUUCAUACAACCCGGCAGAUAUAACAAGAACAGGCUCUACCGUUUCGUACAACCCCAUGGACGUUAUGCGUUCUACCGUGUCAUAUAAUGGACCAGAAAUCCCAAGGCACGGCUCGGCCAUGUCCUACGAGCCAUACAGCCCAGCUCGUCAUUCCAACAGCUCUUACACGGAUCUUCGAGAUCUAACAAGGCAGGCCUCAUACGAUUCCUACAACGAUACCAGCUAUGGGACCCAGCGUAACGGAUACCACACACCCAGGGGUGGAGGUUCCCAUCGACCAUCCAUGGAGGGAAGCCACAUGACGCCGUCACCAUUACGCGAAGCAAUGGAUGAUGUGAUGCAGCAGCUAGAUCGCUUGGAAGGCAUUGGAGGUCGCGAGGCGGAGUCGCCAGAGAGGGCGUUGGAGCGGACAUUUGAUCCCUGGUCCCCCGAUUCUUUCGACCUGGUAGCACCGCAACAAAGACAAAAGGAACGAGGGGAACGAGGGCGCAUUAGGCCGCUGACGUCGAUAGGAAUAGCGUUUGACGAAGGUUACGAGACUUGGAGUGGAAAUUCUUCACACAAUGCAUCACAACAAGAUGGACAUCGCGAAAAGCCCUACGACCCCCAUCUGAGCAAUUACGUGGAGAGGAUGGAGAAGCAGAUCCAAAGAAUGCACCAACACAGCUCGAGUAUGCCAGCCGUGGUGAACCAUGAAGAUGACGACGAUGACGAUGACGAUAAACCCCCACCCCCACCGCCAAAGGGGCAUCCUUAUUCACGCCCAAAGUCGUCCACUGGGUCAACUGUAGGAGAGUUGGUCACCAUGGAUAAAAGGACACGGGGACGGAAAUUUCCAUAUGAUAGAGCGGUGGGUAGUAUCGAGCGCACCAAUACGACAAAAACGACUCAAACAAAUGCGUCAACCGGUAAUCAGAGCAACAGUAGCUCUUCGACCCAGAGUACAAACAGGACCGUUUGGAGCGGCGUCUCUGCCGGUGGUUUUAGUGCGACAAGCGCCGGAAGCUUGGCUCGGACCGCCCACCGUGCUCAGAGUUCGUUUAGCAUGCGCAACGAUGAAGGGGACCGUCCUGACUCGCCGUUUACCGGCGUGACUUACCACAGCAGUCAUGCUAGCAACUAUGCCGGAGGUGGUAGCGGAAGUGGGUUUUCUCGGCCGAUAUCCCAGGUUGGCAUUCACGAAGAUGGUACCCCUGGAUUGGGUGGACUUGUCGCGCCCAAAUCACCGAAACGAAACAUCUUCAAGAAGAUCCUCGACUCAGCCAAGACGGGCGUUGCUAGCAACCGGGGUAGCAUCGCCGCCGGCCAUGUGCCCACCGUGAGAUCCUCGCCCUUUGCUCGCCUGCAGCAGCCACAUAAUGUAGCACCUGGAGCGAGCAUGCUCUCGCUGAGCGGCGCUCGUUCCAGACGCGAUGCCGCCAGGGAGAUGGGCCUCGGCGCUGCCAUCGACUGGGUUCAAGUCCGUCGAGAUGUUAACCGCUCCAAUUCCGUCAGCAAAAUCGAACGGACCGAGCGCAGAGAGCGCUGCCAGAUGCAAGACCACCCCACACUCAAUCCUGUCGAUGAGCUUUAUGAGGGCAUCGAAGGUGACGAAGGGGCGGACGGCAUGCCCGUUCAUAAACCAGAGAAUUACCACAUGAUCAAUCUCGCCCAGGUGGACAAGAACUCCCGGCCCUACAGGAGCGAUCUGCAACGGCUUCGUGCGAUAUUUACUUGGGUGGCAGAGAAGAUCACCUGGGAAGAAGAUUUCGAGGGCGACGCCGACACCGAGCGCACCAUCCAUGCAAAGAGGGGUUGCGCAGAAGAAUACGCUUGCCUUGUGAUGGAAAUGUGCUCUGCUAUUGGGCUGCACUGCGAGGUUGUAAGGGGUUACCUGAAAGCCCCAGGCGACAUUCCCGACCUUAAUGUGAUGCCCAGAUCCAACCACUGGUGGAACGCAGUUAUUGUCGACGACGAAUGGCGCAUGAUUGACACCUGUCUAGCAAGUCCCUCGAACCCCAAACGUGCCCUCUACUCCAGCGUCUCCGGAUCCUCGGCAGACACCUGGUGGUUCCUCACACGGCCUACUGAGCUGUGCUGGACGCAUGUGCCGGAGCAUCACGACCAGCAGCAUAUUGUGCCCCCAGUAGCCUAUGACACGCUGCUCAACCUGCCAUGCACAUGCCCGGCAUACUUCAAGAACGGCAUCGAGCUGGUUGACUUUAACACUAGUCUGACCAGGAUAGAAGAUCUUGAGAUGGUCCACAUCAAUUUUAACGUACCGGCCGACGUUGAGAUUGCAGCCGAAGUUGAAGCACGAGCACUAUCAAAGGAUCAUGAUGGCGAUCUAUUUGAGAAUGGUGAUAUCGUCAAGAAGAAGGCGCUGGCGCAGGCUGAGUGGUUCAAUGGUGUGAAGCGCUACACAGUCAAGGCGCUACUCCCUGGUGACGAAGGCCAGGGCAUGCUGAAAGUCUAUGCCGGGAAAAGGGGCUUGAUGCAAAGCAUCAAGGAUAUUCCCCAUCCUUUGGCCUUUACUCUACCCAUCAUCCACGCGGGCGAAAAUCCGCCCUAUGAAUUUGUUACGCGACAUCCGACGCCUCACGCACAGAGGCAUGAUAUUUAUGUUGUCCAACCUCAGUGUCAGCAACUGGCUCUGAACAAUACCUUUGUCUUUGCUAUCAGACAGCACCCCAGCUCCAUUUCAGACGGGCCUCUCACACCGUCGUCGAAUCCCGGGUCGGCCAGCCCAAUUCCCUUCAUUCGGCCAUCUUCGGCGAUGAGUGUCAACGCUUCCAGCGCGAGCGGGUCGAACCCCAGCUCAGCCAGCGGGACCGUUGCGGGAAAGAAGCCCGCCAAACUGGCAAUCCAGACACCGGGAGGCAAGAUUCUUCGUCUUAUGAGAAAGGAGGAGCGCAAGGGGAUCAGCGUUGGAUCGCGGACUCCAGACGAAGAGGUUAGCGAUGGCGGCACCUGGGAGACGAUCAUCAAGUGUUCCGAGAGGGGCGUUUGGCGAGGCCUGGUGCUGGCAGACCGCACCGCUCGAUGGUGCGUGUUUGCUGAAUGGACAUGUGUGUAA